AUGGCUCCGUGGGCAUUCUUUGGCCUGGCUUUUUGGGGCCUGAGCUCCAAACUGGGCUGGGCCUUGGGGGGAAGCCCAUCCGCUGACUGCUUGCUGCAGAAGCAGAGGUCUGUUUUCAGAGAUGACACCAGCCGUCAAUUCAGUGACCUACAUGGAGACCUACAGGGACAGGCUUUGUCUCAAAAGAUCGCAGCGCUCGCCGACUCCAUGGAACCCGGCAUUACAAGGGAUCUCCUGAACUCCUUCCGCAUCUGCGGCUCCUGCAAGGACUUCCGCCGCUUUGGUGAGCACCUCGAUGGCGGGUAUUUGAUCUGCAUGGACCACUUGGCGAAAGGGGAUAUCCAAGCAGCAUAUUCGAUGGGCAUCGACGAUCACGACCUUUGGUCUAAAGAUGUCUACAUGACCUACGAUGUGCCUGUCUUCCAGUACGAUUGCACCGUGGAUAAGCCUGCCCAGGACUGCGACAGCUGCAGCUUCUACAAAUCCUGCCUCAAGGGCGAGGACGAUGGUGUGGAGGAUCCCAUGAACCUCACCCUGCAGCAGGUCCUGACAAAGACUUCCAAGGGCGGUGGCCCAGAUCGCUCCCUGCUGAUGAAGAUGGACAUUGAGGGCGGAGAAUGGCAAGCUUUGGGAACAGCCAGUGAUGAGACCUUGAGGAAGUUUCGGCAGCUGGUGGUCGAGUUCCACUGGCUUCAACACGAAGAGCAGCACGUUCAGUUCGUGUCCACGCUGCGACGUUUGAAGAAAGCGGGAUUCCGAGUCGUGCACCUCCACGGCAACAACGCGGCUCCCAUGUACGAAUAUGGCGAUUUCCAGAUACCCCAUGUCCUGGAAGUCACCCUGGACUCGCAGGGCCCGGAGAUACCUUGCGUCACCGACGAGGUGCGCUCGCCACUUGACCAUCCCAACCUGGCGAUGAAACCAGAGUUACCCUUGGCCCACCUACCGGGCUAA